AUGGUUCAUCUUGCCUCCGUAAAGAACGACGACCAGGUCUUUGACCCCAAGUCCCGUUCCAUCGAGUCCCUCCCCGCCCCUCAGCCCGACGAGAAUGACUUUUACACAAAUGUUUACGGUAGCCACUUCGCUGCCGACCACCUCCCUCAGCAUGAGAUGCCUGAGCGGGAGAUGCCUCGUCAGAUUGCUGCUCGCAUGAUCAAGGAUGAGCUCAGCCUGGAUGGCAACCCCAAGCUCAAUUUCGUCACCACCUACAUGGAAGAUGAGAUUGAGGAAAUCAUGACCGAAGCCUUCAGCAAGAACUUCAUCGACUACGAGGAGUACCCCCACUCCGCAGAGAUUCAAAACCGCUGCGUGAACAUGAUUGCCCGCCUGUUCAACUGCCCAACCGAUGCCCGGGAUGAGAAUGCCAUGGGUACCUCCACCGUUGGCUCCUCCGAGGCCAUCAUGCUUGGCACCCUGGCCAUGAAGAAGCGCUGGCAGAACAAGCGCAAGGCCGAGGGCAAGGACUACUCCCGCCCUAACAUUGUCAUGAACAGUGCCGUCCAGGUUUGCUGGGAAAAGGCCGCCCGCUACUUUGACGUUGAGGAGAGAUACGUUUACUGUACCGAGGAGCGCUACGUCAUUGACCCCAAGGAGGCCGUCGACCUCAUCGAUGAGAACACCAUCGGUAUCUGUGCCAUCAUUGGUACUACAUACACCGGUGAGUAUGAGGAUGUCAAGGCGAUCAACGAUCUCCUGGUGGAGCGUAAUAUCGACUGCCCGAUCCACGUCGAUGCUGCUAGCGGUGGCUUUGUUGCGCCCUUCACCGUCCCCGAUUUGGAGUGGGACUUCCGUCUGGAGAAGGUGGUCUCCAUCAACGUCUCCGGUCACAAGUACGGUCUCGUCUACCCCGGUGUUGGCUGGGUGAUCUGGCGAUCCCCUGAGUACCUGCCCAAGGAGCUGGUGUUCAACAUCAACUACCUGGGUGCCGAUCAGGCUAGUUUCACCCUGAACUUCUCCAAGGGUGCCUCGCAUAUUAUCGGACAGUACUACCAGUUGAUCCGUUUGGGUAAGCAUGGUUACCGCUCGAUCAUGGUCAACCUCACCCGCAUCGCGGACUACAUGGCCGACCAGCUGAAGCAGAUGGGUAUGAUCAUCAUGAGCCAGGGCCAGGGUAACGGUCUGCCUCUGGUGGCCUUCCGCCUGCCCCCGAAUCCGGAGCGCGUUUACGAUGAGUUUGCGCUGGCGCACCAGCUGCGUGAGCGUGGCUGGAUUGUUCCCGCAUACACCAUGGCCCCGAACAGCAAUAAGUUGCAGCUUAUGCGUAUUGUCGUCCGCGAGGAUUUCAGCAUGAACCGCUGUGACAGCCUCAUUACCGACGUGAAGCUGGCUCUGCAGACUCUCGAGUCUAUGGAUCAGUCCAUGGCGGCCAAGUACCAGGCACACAUGCGCAGCCACCGUGCUCACCCACGCCACAAGGGCCACACCCACAACGCUUACCAUGAUGAGAAGCACUCUCUGCAGGGCAAGUCUGGCAAGUCGCACGGCGUGUGCUAA